CGCCAGACUCCGCCGCGGAACGUGUCGCGCCGUGACGGCGUCGCCAUGGAGCCGAGUGCGGGUGUUUCCAAACAGGACAUCCGUGAACAAAUUUGGGACUACAUGGAAUCCCAGAAUUUAGCUGACUUUCCCCGACCUGUCCAUCAUAGGAUUCCCAACUUUAAGGGGUCUUAUCUGGCUUGCCGAAACAUCGAAGACCUAGACGUUUUUGCCAGAGCACAGGAAGUUAAAGUGGACCCUGAUAAACCGCUGGAAGGCGUUCGGUUGCUGGCGCUGCAGAGUAAGAAAACGUUGUUGGUUCCAACACCACGACUGAGAACGGGGUUGUUUAAUAAGAUCACACCACCCCCCGGGGCAACUAAAGACAUCCUGAGAAAAUGUGCCACCUCUCAGGGCGUGAGGAACUACAGCACACCCGUGGGCUUGGACUCCAGAGUCCUCGUGGAUUUAGUUGUGGUGGGAUCCGUCGCCGUCUCCGAGAAAGGCUGGAGAAUCGGGAAGGGAGAAGGUUACGCCGACCUCGAAUAUGCCAUGAUGGUGUCCAUGGGAGCUGUCAGCGAGGCGACGCCGGUGAUCACCAUCGUCCACGACUGCCAGGUGGUGGACGUCCCUGAAGCACUCCUUGAGGGUCACGACCUCACCGUCGACUACAUCCUCACUCCAACCAGAGUCAUCGCCACGGGCUGUGAGCGCCCAAAGCCAACGGGGAUCACCUGGUCCAAGAUCAGCCGUGAGAUGAUGGAGAAAAUCCCGGUACUGAGGCGGCUCCGCGAGCAAGAGAGGCAGGCUGGGAAGGACGUCGCCCUUCAGGGUGAGCCCGGGGACCCCAGCAGCCACCAGAAGGCUCCUCCAGGCACUGUCACAAGACCCCAGAACGUGCCUGGGCUAGAAGAAGAUUCUGUGGGAGCAGCCCGUGGCUCCCUGCAGGGGGAAGGAGCCCCAUUUGCAGCCGACGUCUACGUUGGGAACCUCCCCCGGGACGCCCGCGUGAGUGACCUGAAGAGGGUGCUGCGGGAGCUCGGCGCGGCCCCCCUGCGGCUCACCUGGCAGGGGCCGCGGCGCAGGGCCUUCCUCCAUUACCAGGACCCGGCCUCGGCUCAGCGGGCCCUCGCCUGCUUGCAGGGCCUGCGCCUGGGCCCCGGCACCUUGAGGGUGGCACUGGCCAGGCAGCAGAGGGACAAGUGACCUGGCGGGUGGCUGGGGGUGCAGGGCCGCGCUGCACAGACACCCUCACCAUCACCCACCAUGUGACGUGGGACAGCCUGUUGCUCUGGGUCCUGUGGACGUGGCCGGACGUGGCAGGGCUGGUGCUGUGUGAGCUGCUCAGUCUCAGUCCUUCCCAGGAAGUCACAGCGCAGGCUCCGCGAGCGGGCGCAGUGGCCACGUCUAUGCUGGGACACUCGGGAGGCUGCACACCCCGGCUGAGUCAGGUUCUGGUCUGUCCCGGUCCGUGAGCCUGUCUGUUCUCUGGAGGGACAGAGAGUCCAGAGGGCUCGGGGGCUGAGUGAGCAGUGAGCAAGUGGCAGUAGGCGGGUGACGGGGAUUUCGGAUCUGGGAGGAGGGGGCUAAGAGGAGAAGACGGAUGAGGGAUCCUGCCCAAGAGAAGCCCUGGCAGUGACCGCCGCAGGGCGCGGGACCCUUGGCUGGCUGGAGCGGAGAGCCACGCUCCAAAGCGCGAAAGCCCAAGUCAUGCAGUCCCUGGGUACAAGGUGCUCAUCACAGCCCAGUCUCAGUGUUACUCGGUGGACACCCACGAGGCCUUCCCGCU